AUGUCCCCACUAGAGGCCGAUGGGGCCACAGCAGGGAGAGGAACUGAUUACGAUCGACAUCACUUGCUCCAACGAGACGAUGAGGAGACUUGUAUCGAUGGGCUCAACACGUCAAAUAAGCACCAGAACGAGGAAUUUUGGAGAAAGAAAACCAGCCGAUGGGACGAGGGAAGCUCACUGCGCCGCAUGCUCAAGGUGUUCAUCUUUGUGACCGUGCUCCUCUUCGUGACAAAUCUG